AUGGCUGAUCAAAUUAAUCCAACCCAAGACGAAGGAAUUGCAACUCUCCGACAAGCAAUUUUGGAGAGCAACCGAGUUAUCACCGAGACAGUUGAAGAUCUUCGUUAUGUGAGUGACAAUCUGGAAGCUGGUGCCCGCUCAGAAGAAUUGGAUAGACUCGUACUAGACUUCCAAGAGUUCCUUGAAGAAGUGAAUGGAGUGAAACAAGAUUUGGAAGACUAUCUUGCCAAUGUUCUUCAAAAUCUCAAUAUCCAAGAUAAUCUCAACAACAACAACGACCAAGACAACGCAGGAAGAGAGGGAAAUAAUGAAGAGUUGGUGGGAGAGGAGCCAUCAAACCAGGGUUGA